GAGCUUUCAACAUGUUUCUUAUCUAAAACCAGGAAACAAACAGAACCCUCCUCUGUGUUUGCUCUCUAAAUGCCCACAAUUCCUCCUCUUUGUUCCUCUCUUCUCUUCUCUCUUUCCUCAGAUGUCGCAUAUUAACUAUAUACGCUUCUGGUUCUGAUCAAAAGCAGAGAUAAUCUCUGUAGAAAGAAGGAGAGAGAGAUAGAGAGAGAGAGAGCAUAGAGAAAACCAUCAGAGACAGAGAUAGAUAGGGAGAGAGAUGAGUGCAAACAACGGAGGUGGGCCUUGCGGUGCUUGCAAAUUCCUGCGGAGGAAGUGCGUGAAAGGGUGCAUUUUUGCACCAUAUUUUGACUCGGACCAAGGCACGGCUCACUUUGCUGCCGUGCACAAGGUUUUCGGUGCUAGUAAUGCUUCCAAGAUGCUGCUGCGGAUACCGGCUCACAAGCGCGUCGAUGCUGUAGUUACACUCUGUUACGAGGCUUUGGCUAGGGUUAGGGACCCUGUUUAUGGCUGUGUUGGCCACAUCUUUACCCUCCAACAGCAGGUAGUGAAUUUACAGGCGGAGUUAGCCUACAUUCAGGCCCGUCUUUCGACGUUGCAGCUACUGCCGCCAUCUCAAGCCCAAUGCCCUUCGCCAACGAGCCUUCAUUCCUCAUCAGAAGUAGGAUCUGACUUGGUGUCUUCUUCUAACAUGUCCAUGAGCAUUGAUCGGCCUCAACCACAACAGGCUUCUAUCGAAUUGACAAGUUUUCCGAAUCCUUUUGAUCAAGAACUGGAGAAUGAGGAACUUCAGGCUUUGGCCAGGGAGUUUGUCUCGAGAUAUCUCCCUGGCGUUCGAUUCCGGCCUUCGACUUCCAGUUAAAACUUCUGAUUGUUGUUAAACUUUGAAUAACCUUCGUCCUGGAUAACUACUAUUGAUUCUGGAAUCAAAUCAUGAAAUCGUAGGUUUUAUUUUUCUAUAAAAGAAUAUGAUUCCGUCCAACGUUAGUGAUAAUGGUUCA